AUGUCAGUGUCCAGGCUGAACAGUGUCAAUGGGUUUUUGGAGGACUCCAGGAUGGAGGUUGGGGACAUGGGGAGGAUCCUCAGGAGUUUGGAAAUUGGGACCGUGCUGACCUUGUUCUACCAAAAAAAGUCCCAGAGGCCAGAGAGGAGGACGUUUCAGGUGAAGCUGGAGACCAGGCAGAUCAUUUGGAGCCGGACGCCUGAGAAAGUGGAAGGAGACAUUGACAUUCGGGAGAUAAAAGAGAUCCGCCCAGGGAAGAAUUCCCGGGAUUUUGAACGAUAUCCAGAAGAUGCUCGGAAACUGGACUCCACCAUGUGUUUCAUCAUCCUGUAUGGACAGGAUUUCAGGCUCCGGACACUCAGUGUUGCUGCCUUCUGUGAGGAAGACGUCAACAUGUGGAUGACGGGCCUGAACUGGCUGGUGAUGGACACUCAGAAAGCCCAGACGCCGCUGCAGGUCGAAAGGUGGCUGCGGAAACAGUUUGACUUGAUGGACAGGACGAGAGAAGGCAGUAUCACGGUGAAGGAUCUGAAGGCCAUGCUGCCCCAGGUGAACUACCGGGUACCCAACAUGAGGUUCCUGCGGGACAAGCUAGUGGAAGUGGAAGCCAGGAGCGACAUGGCCUUCACCCACUUCACUCAGUUCUACAAAAACCUAAUGUUCGAUGCUCAGAAAUCGAUCAUCGAGCAGCUGGAGCUCUCCUUCCCCUUGCGGAACGUUGACCGGGCGGAGCUGUGCCAGAUUACACUGUACGACUUCCAGAAGUUCCUGCAGCACGACCAGAAGGAGCCCUGGGCCAGUGACAUCGGCAAGGUGCGGGAGUACAUGUGUGGCUACCUCAGGGACCCCUUCAGUGACAUGACAGAACCCUUCUUCCAGCUGGAUGAGUUUCUGACGUACCUGUUCUCCAGGGAAAACAUGGUCAUGGACGCCAAGUACGAGCGAGUGGUCCCAGAGGAGAUGAACUACCCGCUGUCCCACUACUGGAUCUCCUCCUCCCACAAUACGUACCUGACUGGGGACCAGUUCUCCAGUGAGUCCUCGCUGGAAGCCUACGCGCGCUGCCUCCGGAUGGGCUGCCGCUGCAUAGAGCUGGACUGUUGGGAUGGUCCAGAUGACCUGCCAAUCAUCUACCACGGACACACACUCACCUCCAAAAUCAAAUUCCUGGAUGUCCUGCACACCAUCAAGGAACACGCCUUCGUGACCUCUGAGUUCCCCAUCAUCCUCUCCAUCGAGGACCACUGCAGCAUCGUCCAGCAGAGGAACAUGGCCUCCCACUUCAAGAAGGUCUUUGGGGACAUGCUGCUCACCAAGCCAGUGGACAUCAACGCCGAUGAGUUGCCUUCCCCCACCCAGCUCAAGAAGAAAAUCCUCAUCAAGCACAAGAAGCUGGUGGAAGGGAACCUUUAUGAAGAAGUCUCCACGGCCAGUUACUCGGAGAAUGACAUCAGCAACUCCAUCAAGAACGGCAUCCUGUAUCUUGAGGACCCCAUUGACCAUACCUGGAGCCCACAUUACUUUGUGCUGACAAGCAACAAGAUCUAUUACUCCGAGGAGACGUCCCGCUACCAGUCCAACGAGGAUGAGGAAGAGGUGGAACAAAAAGAGGAGUUUAACAACAACGAGCUGCACUUCAGCGAGAAGUGGUUUCACGGGAAGCUGGGCGGGGGGCGUGACGGGCGCCAGAUCGCCGAGAAGCUGCUGCACGAGUACUGCACCGAGACGGGUGGGAAGGAUGGCACCUUCCUGGUGCGGGAGAGCGAGACCUUUGUGGGAGACUACACCCUCUCCUUCUGGCGGUCCAGCCGAGUCCAGCACUGCCGCAUCCACUCCCGGCAGGAAGCCGGCACCACCAAGUUCUACUUGACGGACAACCUGGUGUUCGACAGCCUCUACAGCCUGAUCUGCCACUACCGCGAGGUGCCACUGCGGUGCAAUGAGUUUGAGAUGAGGCUCACAGACCCCGUGCCGCAGCCCAACGCCCACGAGAGCAAAGAGUGGUACCAUGCCAAUCUGUCCCGCCUGCAGGCCGAGCACAUGCUGAUGAGGGUGCCCCGGGACGGAGCCUUCCUGCUGCGCAAACGCAGUGAGCCCAACUCCUAUGCUAUCUCCUUCAGAGCGGAGGGCAAGAUCAAGCAUUGCCGCAUCCAGCAGGAGGGCCGGCUCUUCAUGCUGGGCAGCUCCGCCGAGUUCGAGAGCCUGGUGGAUCUGGUGAGCUACUACGAGAAGCACCCGCUCUACCGCAAGAUGAAACUCCGCUACCCCAUCAACGAGGAGACGCUGGAGAAGAUGGGCACUGCCGAGCUGGACUAUGGAGCCCUGUAUGAAGUGCGAACCCCUCACUUCUACGUGGAGGCCAACAAGAUGCCAAUGGCCAGGUGUACGGUGAAGGCCCUCUACGAUUACAAAGCCCAGCGGGAAGACGAGCUCUCGUUCUGCAAACAGGCCAUCAUCCACAACGUGGACAAGCAGGAUGGAGGCUGGUGGCGGGGAGACUACGGGGGCAAGAAGCAGCUGUGGUUCCCAGCCAACUACGUGGAGGAGAUCAUGAACAUGCUGGUACAGGAGCAGGACGAGGCUUCGGCAGAAAACAGCCCCCUGGGGAACUUCCUGAAAGGGUUCAUUGACGUACCGUCCUGCCACGUAGUUAUCUCCAAAGACGGGAGGAGCUCCAAACCAUUUGUCUUCACCAUCCAUUCCCAGCAGAUGUCCCACCCGUCCCAGUCGCUGGACGUGGCUGCAGACACACAGGAGGAACUCAACGACUGGGUGGCCAAGAUCCGGGAGGCCACACAGAACGCAGAUGCCAGGAUGCAAGAGGGGAAGAUCAUGGAGCGGAGGAAGAAGAUCGCCCUGGAGCUCUCCGAGCUGGUCGUUUACUGCCGCCCGGUGCCAUUCGAUGAAGAGAAGAUCGGCACAGAUAAGGCUUGCUAUCGGGACAUGUCCUCCUUCCCCGAGACCAAGGCCGAGAAGUACGCCAACCGCAGCAAGGGCAAGAAGUUCCUGCAGUACAACCGGCGCCAGCUCAGCCGCGUCUACCCCAAGGGCCAGCGCCUGGACUCCUCCAACUACGACCCGCUGCCCAUGUGGAUCUGCGGCAGCCAGCUGGUGGCCCUUAACUUCCAGACCCCCGAUAAACCAAUGCAGUUGAACCAGGCCCUGUUCAUGCUGGGAGGCCGCAGCGGUUACGUCCUGCAGCCAGACAUCAUGAGGGACGACUUGUUUGACCCCUUUGACAAGAGCAGCCUGAAGAUUGUGGAACCCAUCACUGUGCAGCUCCAGAUCCUAGGCGCCCGGCAUCUCCCCAAGAACGGCAGGAGCAUCGUGUGCCCCUUCGUGGAGGUGGAGGUCUGCGGCUCGGAGUUUGACAGCAGCAAGAACAAGACGGACGUCGUAGCUGAUAACGGCCUGAACCCCGUGUGGCUUUUCAAGCAGUUCAUCUUCGACAUCAACAACCCUGAGUUUGCCUUCCUGCGCUUCGUGGUGUACGAGGAGGACAUGUUCAGCGACCCCAACUUCCUGGCCCAGGCCACCUUCCCCGUCAAGGGCCUCAAAACAGGCUACCGGUCAGUGCCCCUGAAGAACAGCUACACUGAGGACCUGGAGCUCUCCUCCCUGCUCAUCCACAUCGAAAUCAUCAACGCCAAGGAAGAAGACGAGGAGAACCUGUACUCCUCCAUCCAGCAGCUGCGUGACCGAGCCAGCGAGCUCUCCAACCGGGUCUCGAGCUUUGAACACAGCAACAACUGUGACUUGCGCCACCAGCAGUGGCUGGACGAGCUGCGGGCAGCCAAGGAGCGGCUGAUGGAGCUGACCGAAGUGCGCAACAGGAAGCUGAUGGAGAAAAAGAAGAGAGAUCGACAGAUGGCCAACAAGCACAACUGA